AUGACGGCACCGAUACUACCCGACCAUGUUAAAAGCCCGUUCGACGCGGGCUUGAAGGCUCAGCGGCAAUUCAGAAAGCGCAAAGUCCUGCCUCGCCCACGAAAUGGCCCGACCGUUGACGAUUCUCCAUCAGCAGUGCCUUCAGCGUGCGACCUGCUCAUCGACACGUUCGCUUUUCCCGGUUUCUCCGACUCUCAAGCCUCCAGCCCACGAACUUUGAAGCACCAACCGCGGAGAAGAGGAACUGGCCCUGAUUUACCCCCGACUCCUCCAAACUGCUCUCGCGCCUCGUCCGGUAGUUAUCCAGCUCAAUCGUCUAGUCCUUCACAUCCUGAUAUCAGUUUUCAAACCCCACAAGUCUCGUCAAAACGACCACCGACAACGCCACCAGAUCAACGUAGUCCUCCAACACCCGAUGUGACGCCGCCUCACCCUGCGAGCCGCCCUCGCGUUUUUCGUCUCGCAACUUUUGAUCGUGGCACUUCUCGGACUACAACCGCCACCACGGAUUCUCACACUGAGUCGUUCAAGACAGCUCGAGAGGAACCGCUGUCUGAGGACGAAGCUGCCAUGUCAGCUAUUCAAUCUAUUUUGACCUCUUCAACGCCAUCGCAAGCUACAGUCCUUCGAAAACCCGUACAAGUCAGUAGUCAUACCGUCAAACCCCAGCUUUCGGACCUAGCCCUCGAAUACAGUGCGAAACAUGACGAGAGUUACACUCCAUGGGCCCGCGGCGAACUGGCUCGAUUUGAUGGCGAAUGGAGCUCUCCCAAUAGGGUAGAGCAGGAGUGGGAUGACAACCUUGGGAGAAUGGUAUCUGUAGGCAGACAUCGCCCCCAAACUGCUUCUCUAAUGGCCACUCGGGUGGCCUUGAGGGAGAGCGACGCCACAGAAGAUGACGUGGUCACGGCGACAAAUGUGACGAGGGCUGUCCGAAGUUUAUCUCUUCAAAACCCCGCCAUGGUCGACCCGUCACCUCAAACAACCCUUCCAAAAAAAAGUUUCGGGGUGGAUACAACGCACUCAGAACCGAGGGGAAAUAUUGAAUCACGAAGAUUAUCCGGUCUCUCUUAUCAAUCUACGCCUUCUACUGUGGUUGAAGCUAUUUUGGUUGAUAAUUCACCCAUUCCACAAAGACCAACCUUGCGACAUGUUCGCAAGCGAAGGGAACUCCGAGAGACGAGCCCUCGUGGUCGACGGGCUUUUACGGAUGCGUUCGAACUGCGGCAUCAUGCAUUGCCCUUACCAUCGCCAUUACAAAAUGGGCCGGGUAGGCGACGUGACAGCUACGCUUCCACACCUAGCACAAAGCCAUUGCUCAGUGGACGCGCAAGACGCGAAGUAUGGAAGAAUGGAGGCAUACCUGUAGUUGUCAUUCCUGAUCGAAAAUCGUCAAACAAGCCAAAGUCAAGGGAACCUUCUUUGCGGUCCACAUCAAGCCGACAUUCUAGGACCAAAAGUGUUGGCUCUACUCCUCUUGAUCAGUCGCCCCUCCCAAAUGAAGAAUCGUCUUUCGAGAGACAAUCACGCUGGGACCGAUCUACUUCUAUGCCGGAGUGGUCGGAGCGAAGAACCAUCGAUAUUCCACCCCAUAUCCUGGCUCGCUCAUCUUCACUGUCGGCCCCGACAAGCCGCACUGUCUCCCGAGCUGGCUCGUUGACUGUCGAAAGUCUAAAGGCCUUGAACGAUGCACAUGACCAUGCCACCAAGGCAUUACCGUCUCAAAUUGUGCCUGCAGCGCUGCCUACGACUUUCGUCACAGUUCAAGCCAUACCAGCAGUGCCAGUGCCAGUAGCACCAACAUCACCCGUCGUGGCAGCACACUCUCCGCAAACUUCAAGAUCCGAAGUGGGAGGCUAUGCAGCUGAGCACUUUAGUGCAGAUCAUCACGACGAUGCAGCCUCGGCAAAGAAAUUCUCCUCUCGCGCGACGCCAUUCUCCAUAGUAUCAGUGGAAACCAACUGGACCGCCCUCGAGGUAUCCGAAGCGCAAGCCGUUCAUAUGUAUGCCCAUCAAAAUUCAUCAGUGUUGAUGGUGGAUCAUUCUGCCAAACCCUCGGAUGCAUCGGACUCUACGGAGAAGGGUCUCAAGAGGGUCGAGUCCAAGGAGCCUCCGAAAAUAACUGCUACCAGCCCCGAAGGCAACUCAGUAACGCCUGAACAACGACAGUCAUCAGAAGAAGUCGAUUCACCCCUUCGAAACCCUCGCGCGCCGCCGGAUCCGCCUCGGCUCCCACCCGCGAUCAACUUCAUCCCUGCCACGCCAUCUGGUCUAACGCCAGCUCAUGAAAAGGCAGAGCCAACUGCGGUUUUUGAUGAGUCAGAUACUGAGAAACCAAGUCGACGGUCGUCAAUUGUCCGAAGAGCCCUAAGCCGGCGCAGACACUCUAUAGAUUACCCCCCAAGUGCUUCAAAGCAGGCCGGUCUCUUAGCCAAAACUUUUUCUCUUUCACGAACUGGCCCCAAGUCUUUCGACUCACAAAGGCUCAGGAGCAUCAACCCCGACAUGGAUCCGUCUUACGGGGGAAGGGAAGACGAACCUAUGGAACAAGACAAGCUGCAUCCUCGUUGGCGGCCGCAGUGGGAUUACGAUGAGCUUUGCGAAUGUGCAGACUGUCGCCGCGGGAGUCGGAUGGACGAUGAGAUUUAUCGCUAUCCUCUAGUUGACAAUCGACCACGUCGUACAAAACGCAGUCUGAGCACCAAAAUGAAGCAGACUCUUGCGAUCUUCCCAUUACGAGCUGAAAAACAAUACGAGGCAGACGACAUGAACGGGCCCCAACGCCGCACAGUAAAACGAACACCUAGUGGGAAUCUAAGGGUCAUGCGUAGGCGAGCCAGUUCUGACUCGCUGAAGCAAGUGAUGAAGGCUCAUGAUGAGCUACGACCCGUACUAGACGACAGCUCGCAUAGGGGAUUUUGGCGCGGUCAUUCUUUACGGAAGCGGCCAAGUCAUGGGAAAUUACGCCGCUCUUCCUCGCUGAGCGGCAGACUCGAAAGGCUCCCAAGUCUGACGCGGAUGUGGAAUGAGAGAAGACGAGAGAAGAGAACACAGGAGCUUCGACAGAUAAUUAGUGGACCUAGGGAAGUUCGCGAUGGUGUCAGCGAUGUCAUCAGGAACAGCAACAUUCAAGGUCUACAAAGGGCUUACCCGGACCAAAUAUAG